CAACUCAACACAUUAUUGUCCCAUCAUGGCAGCUGUUCACCAUGUCCCUGAGCACCUGUCCACUUUGGCAGACGUCCUGGGCCCUGAUGUCGACAUUGCCAUACUCGAGAAACUACAUGUCAUCUCUGACGGAAACUUGAACCGCGCCAUCAAUCAUUUUUAUGAAGGAACCUAUCAUAACGCCACCAUCCCAGCACCAACUCGAACGCAGGCGCCGGCGCCAGCAAAUAUCCCACAGCCUUAUAAGAAAACAACACCUAAUUCUUCCAGGGACACUGACCUCAUACUCGAAGAUUUGAGCGAAAAUACAUCCGGAUCUGGAAGCUGUAGUGUCAAACGGAAAGCGUACGACUCAAUCUUCCCCAAGUACCUCGGCGAGCUCACCAUUAUUGCCUUUGCACUUGGAGGGAUAGUCAAGAUCGAGGCAGGAGAGCAAGUGAUUUUUGAUAGAGCGAAGCCUAAUCCACAACAUCAAUUCUCUCGGAAAAAGAAAGGAUCAGGGUCCGCUACGACCGGUUGGGGCGGAAAGGCACUCAAGGAGAACAACGUCGUCCGGUUCACAAAGCAGAACGGAUUCGAGAUCGGAAGAUUACAGAUCGAUACAUCUCGUUGGGUUUCAAAGUUGAUGGACUAUGGACUUGCAGAGUUCCAGGGCACGAUCAUCUUGGCACCGCCAAUACUUCAAACUGGAGCUGAGAUUGUCUUAUCGAUGCGCUGUUACUUGACAGCGGCAGCCUUUACAUCUUUCGGAUCUAACCAGAAUAUCGUACCCAAGUCAAAGUCCGGCUCGGCCACGUUCGUGAAUGAGGCACUUGAGACGGGGGGUGAACUUGAGCUCAAGUAUCGGAAAUACGCUGUGAACGCCAUGUUUCGGGAUCUAGCUUUGGCGCCUGUUGCCACCAAUACCAUAUGUGGUCCGCGUGAUCGAGGGAUUGAGAUUUUCAGCUCUACCCCAGAAGGAUCCACACAGGCGUUGAAUGGCGAGAACGAAGAGAAUGAGAGCGAACCAGAGGUCUCGGACAAGGAACUGGAUGUACUUUAUGAGAAGGCUCAGCAACAUGGACGGGAGUUUGCUCCGAUGGAUCCGCCUUCGACUAUGACUUACAUCUUGAAGCCAUAUCAGCGUGAGGCUCUGGCAUGGAUGCACUGCAAGGAAAAUCAAGGGGAGUCGAGCGAGAAGCACAAGACCCUUCAUCCGCUCUGGGAGGAGUACGAGUUCGCCAAGGAGGAUGGCUAUGAGCCCAGGUCGGAGGAACCGAAGAGGUACUACUUCAACCCAUACUCAAGCGAGAUGAGUCUCGAGUUCCCCACGAGUGACCAGCGUUGUCGAGGAGGAAUCCUAGCUGACGAGAUGGGCUUAGGCAAGACGAUCGAGAUUCUCAGCUUAGUGCACGCGAAUAGCAUGGAUAGGGCGACCCUCGAUUCGCCCGAGGAGGCCUUUGCGCGGCUAUCGACUUCCAAUACUCAACGGCGAAAGUUAUCGCCAACGACGCUGAUUGUGUGUCCAAUGAGCUUAAUAUCUCAAUGGAGGGAUGAGGCUAUCAAUUCUUCGGACGGAUCACUGAAGGUCGAGGUCUAUUACGGUGAUUCAAGAGACUGGUCUGACGUGACCUUGGUUCAGAAAAAUGCGCCGGAUGUACUGAUCACCAGCUAUGGAACCGUUAUGUCGGAAUUCUCGUCGCUCACCGGAGGGCAGGACCUCAACGACAACAGAAGGCCGACCAGUUUGGAAGAGAUCAAAGCUCAAAACAUCUGGAAAAAAGGAAGCGCCCUUUUUAAUGUCGAGUUUCAUAGGGUUGUUUUAGACGAGGCGCAUCAGAUCAAAAGCCGGUUGACGAAGACAGCCAAGGCCUGCUACGCCAUCAACUCUGUGCGGCGCUGGGUUGUCACUGGAACACCGAUCCAGAAUAAAUUGGAGGAUCUCUUUUCGUUGGUACAUUUCCUCCGAGCAGAACCAUGGUCGAAUUUCUCGUUCUGGCGCACCUUCAUCACGAUUCCAUUUGAGUCCAAGGACAAGGACAAGGCUAUGAAGGUCAUUACAUCGGUCCUGGAACCAUUGGUCUUGAGGAGGACAAAAACAACAAAGGACGAGAACGGAAACCCGAUUGUGAUGCUGCCAGAGCGCACUGUUGAGAUUGAAUACCUUCAGUUUUCUGAGCAGGAGAACGAUAUCUAUCAGGCGCUAUUCAAGGACGGAAAGACGAAAUUCAACCACUACUGCAGAGCUGGCACAGUAUUGCGGCACUAUGCCAGCAUUUUUCAGCUGCUCAUGAGGAUGCGGCAAGUUUGCGAUCACCCACUUUUAGUUGUAGGAAGGAAUAAGCCGACGAAUUCGUCAGAAGGAGGCAUUGAUCUAAAGGAUGGCCCUAUUCAACUGGAGGAACUGAUGGCAAAAUUCUCGGCGGACGGUGAUCAAAAAGAGCAGACGUUUGGAGCAAGCGUUCUGCAGAACUUGAUGUCGAACACCGGCGAAGUCCCAGAAUGUCCAGUCUGCUUUGAAGAUAUGGCCGAUGGAGUUCUCAUGCCAUGCAUGCAUGCAGCCUGUCGUAGCUGCGUACUAGAUUAUCUUCAGUUACGCGACGACAGAGGCGAGAAGGGAGAGUGUCCAGUCUGCAGGCAAGGUCCGAUCACAGAAGCUGACCUGAUAGAGUACUCCACGUCGGAUGCAACAGAACAGAAGAAUGAGGAUUUCGACACUAAGUGUUCAGACAUCGCGGCCGGCAAUGUGCUCAUGGCUGAAGGCGUUAAGGCUGAGGGCAAUGGUGACAGCGGUAAUAGCAAUGGCGGUCGGGUGGUUCAGAUUCGACGGAACAACUUCAAGUCGUCCGCAAAACUGGAUGCACUCAUGCAGGAUCUUAUUCGGGUUCGGAAGACGGAGCCAGACGCAAAAUCUGUCAUCUUUUCUCAAUUUACGGGCAUGUUGGAUUUGAUCGAGUCGAUUUUGGUGAGGGAUGGGUUCCAAUUUUUGAGACUCGAUGGGACUCAUAGUCAAGCGACCCGUGAAAAGACUCUGCAGUCAUUCAAGGCGCCAGAUCACCCGGCUAGCGUGAUCCUGAUCAGCUUACGCGCUGGAGGCGUCGGAUUGAACUUGACCGCUGCCAGUCGGGUCUACAUGAUGGAUCCAUGGUGGAAUUAUGCAAUUGAGUCCCAGGCGAUCGACAGAGUUCAUCGCAUUGGACAGACCAAGCCUGUUGUGGUCAAACGAUUCAUUAUCCAGGAUUCUGUGGAGGAAAAGAUCCUGGGCAUCCAAAGCCGAAAGAACGCACUGGCCUCAGGACUGGGCAUGACCAAGAUGGAGGCACAAAGCGCGAGAAUGGAGGACUUGCAGGAGAUUUUCUCAUAGGCUACAGAAUGCACCAUUUCUUUCUUUCUUUGAUCUCUUUCUUUUUUAUUUUUUAUUUUUUAUUUUUCGGACGCAGCAAUAUUUUAACGCAUGUAUUUAUAUGAAUUAUUGUAUGUAUUUUAUCAAC